GGCGGUAUGUUCUCAGUAUAAAAAUGUGAUGGCGAUGGCAGUAUCAACGUCGUACCUCCACAACACAGAUUUCAUAGUUACAUCUGGCGAUUACGUUUCGUUGGCGAACUGACACGUUUGACUAACUUCUGGUGUGUAGCCGAAAACAAUGGCACGCAAAGAUUGUGGCAUUGCACUGCUGCUGCUGUUAUCGCUAGCAAUAGCAGGUGCACAUCGGAACCGAAAAAUCAAAAAGAAAGUGGUUAACAGCGACGAACUGAAGGACGAUUCCAGGUCAGGAGAACCUGAACUAGUGACCGUUAUUGCCUUAAAGGAGGCGAAAUUCGACUUUGGUGAUAACGCAACGGUGGAGCAAUAUCUACGAGACAGCGGCAACUACGAUCCCAAAUCUGUGCUACCGUACGAUGUAACAGUGGACACAGCAGCUCGCAACCGCAUAUUUGUGGCGACGCCACAGGUGGCGCGAGGCAUCCCGGUCUCUCUCAGCACUUCCCCAUUCCAAGAUCCAGGCAGCUCGUCGCUGAAGCCGUAUCCCAGCCUGGACGUGCAUCGCACAACAGAGGACACCAUCACAGACUGUAACACGCAGCUGGUGUCCGUCUUCACUACCACGAAAACUUCGGCAGAUGAAGAUACGCUCUUUGCAAUGGACAGUGGCGUUUUGGACAUAAUCAAGAAUCCGAGAGCGGUGUGUCCCCCUAAAAUUGUCAGCUUCGACUUGCAAACCGACAAGGUCAUAAACGUGACAAUAAUAGAGAAUGCUGCCUGCAACACUAUUUACACCUUAAUUCGGGUGGAGCAGUGUGCAGAUGGCAGAUUGGUGGCCUACAUCGCCGACACCGUAGGCUUCCAGCUGACGGUGACCGACCUCACCACUGGGGUCUCCAAACACCUGCAGAGUCAGUAUUUCUACCCCAAACCGGGCUACUUUUUCACCAAGGCGGGUGGUCCUUCUACUUACCUUCCGUAUGGUCUGUACGGGAUAUCAGGAGAUGACAGAUGCGAUGGGAAACUGUACAUGCAAGGUCACGCGACGAACAUUCAAGCUGCCGUGAAGAAGGAGGCCAUCCAGAAAGCGAAUGACGGUGACAUUCUCGACACCAUGACACAGGUGGCGCUGCCCGGGCGCCUGGCCGGUCCCAGCGGUCCCCUGGCGGCGGACCCCAGCGGCCAGCUGCUGUUCUUCCCCCAGCAGGACGCGCUGGCCGUCUACUGCUGGAACACCAGCAAGCCGCACCACCCGCACAACUUCCGGAUGAUCGCGCGAGACAGCGAGAGGCUGCAGUACUUCAGCCACAUGAAGGUGGAUCCCACUAGUAUGCGACUAUAUCUAGGUACCAAUCGCUUCACCAAAUACCUCUCGAAGACUAUCGACUAUUCCGACUACAACUACCGACUUCUGUACAUCAAUCUGAGUGGAAUUACGUGUUAGAUAAAGGUAUUAUGUUGUUCA